CACCAUGGUCUACACCGUACACGGCCUCCUUCCUUGCUCCGUGACUGAAAAAUAAUAGAGCUCGAGUGUAGAAGAGAACAGGAGGAUUUCAAAGGUUGUUCUAGCUGCUAGAUCGUCCGGGGCAGUGUGGCGGAGUGGAGGCGAACAGCUAGCCGCUGUUGAUGUAGCCUCUACUGCCAUGAGCAGUUGGAUUGUGCGGCGUUGGGCGAAAACCGCCCGUCCCAUCAUCAUCAGAGCAGACAAGCCGAAAGGCUUCAAACACAAUCGUCGGGCACUGAAAGCUGGCGAGGUAAGACGAGACCCGCAGAGCUCGUCAGCGCUAUGGUAUAUCGUCACCGGGUGUAUUCCGCCAGUGUCGUAUCUGUUCUACGUCUGGUAUGCUCCACGGUACAAGCUGGCCAUGUGGGCGCGUCACCACGCCUAUGAAGAAGUCCUGAAGGAGGACCGGGAAUGGGAAGAGCGGCGCAAGGAGUAUGGUCUUGAUCGCUUCCCGCGGCAAAUAUGGCACGACAAGCUCGACAAGCUAGGCGGCGUUGACUUCCCCGAGGCCACGUAUGACCCGCCUUGGCCGGGAACGGGCGGCGAGCCGACCAAGGACGAAAGCCUGAUCGAGUGGUAUGUCAACGCUGCCAAGUGCUACCUCAAUCUAGGUAAAUAGGAUUUUGUCUCGUGUAGAAGUCGGACCUUGCAUUACUUCGCUGAACCGGUUUUGCAGUUAUUAGCCUGAUAAUGCAGGGCCGCCGUAUCCCACACCUGUUGUACGUCUUGUCAAUGAAUAUAUUUCUGCUACCACAUUGCCGGACACAUUUCUGCGCCGGAAAUCGAAUCGGGGUGCAAUUUUCGGGUCGUGUCGUAUGCGCUCGGGUGCGUGUCCCCGGCACCGGCUCUGGUAGAGACUUGCUUAUCCACUGCAUCGUUACAUUGUGGUGUGUACAUACAACACGGCUGUAAAUAUGUUGUUGCACUUUAUGGUCGCCCUAUUUAAAUAAGAUUUCCGCCGUAGCGCUUGCGAAUUGCACGUGUUAAUUAUGGCUUUUUCAAUUAGCAGUUGUUUUUGUGUGCUGUAACUUAUGCGUGUCUGUUCACAUAAUCAUCUGGGUAUGACCAAGUGCUGCUAUGCUACGCAGUAUUUGCCUUGCUAGGUCAGCUGUUGUACUGUAUUGCUUUGUGGCUCUUUCCUCGGUUAGAUCGUGUUUUAUUUGAAUUUGAGAAUGCAUGUAAGGUGUAGGAAUAAUUAUAGAUUAUAUUCCCGCA